AUUUGAUUGAUUUGUGUCUUAUUUACUGUCCACCUAUUUUACUCAUGCUCUGUCUUUGUUUGGUUUGAUACAGUGCAACAUGUUCCCUGUGUGUGUGCUGUGUGUAAUAGUGGAUAUCCCAGUGUGAGUAACUUUGAGGACUUUUGGAUCUACACUGUUUGACAAGCUAUAAAAGACAGAAUUUCACCACCUGAACACAAGCGCUUCCAGGUGGACCUGCCGUGAAUAAAGUCUCCUACGAGCCAUGAAAGUCCUUCUACUUUUAGUCCUUGUUGUUUUCACUGGUGAGUAUGACAAAAAAAUAGAUUAUUUCUUUUUUUUAGCAUGAAAAUAUCUCUAUUGUAAUGUUUUAAAUGCUCUUGUUUUCACACAACAGGCUGUAAUGCCAACCCACACCAUGCCAGAGGACACAAGCCAAAGCUGGACGUGCUCUUUGACACAUUGUCGGACCCUGCUGAGUUAACCAGAGUUUUCAAACAGAGUGAGUUUGGACGAGAUGUGAGGUAGGUCAUACAAAACUAUUGGGAACAUGCUCCUUGGUCAUUUUGUGAGAGGUAACUGACAAGCUAUCCCUUAACCAUAACUUAUAAAUGGUAAAUUUAUAAUUUUUAAGCAGAUAGUUUAUUAAUGUUUAAUUAUCAUUAAUAAAUAGCAUAUAGACCAUUAAUAAAUUGUAAAGUUUACAAUUUUAAAAACCCUAACUUUACAAUAACCAUCUAGGUAAUGUUUAUAGGUGAUUUAUAAACCACUUAUUAAUCAUUUUCAAAGUAUUAUAAACAUCAGUUGCAACUUUACAAUGACCAUCUAAGUAAUGUUUAUAGGUGGUUUAAAAACCAAAUAUUAACCAUUUACAAACCAAUAUUUAAACCCUAUAUAAACCUUUAAUAAAUAGUCCUUUAAUAAUUAAUGAAAAUUAUUAAUCAAAAUUUCAUUGCUUGUUAAUGGUAAGUAACUUUUAACUUACAAUAAUAAACUAUCUAUUUUCCAUUCAUAGUUUGUCUCUAUGCUGGUUUUAAAUUAUGAUUAAACAUUAAUAAACUAUCUAUUUACCAUUUAUAAGUUAUGGUUAUUGUAAAGUGUUAACCUUUUUUUUUUUAAAUCAACAUUUAUUUUUAUCCAAGUGAAAAAAUGUAUCACUCGUAAUAAGAACAGAGAAUAAUGACUCAUCUUCACCCCCUGUUUAUUCUCAUGUCUAGUGAUCGUUUGGUGGAGGGUAGAAUUGCGGCCAACAAGUUUGUUGGAGAAAUCUGGGAGAACCUUGAUCUCUCUACCAGGGAUGCACUUGCAGGAGUCUACUUGGACCUGAUUAACUUUGGGAUGGCUGCAUCUGUUAGGUGGGACAGGUCAGAGCUCAAGCAAAUGCUUAAGCCUGUAACUGAAACUGUGGAUUCUGUAGUAAGGAAUGUUGAGAGUGAGCUGACUCAGAGAGCCCGACAGGUAAAAGAUGUGGUUUCUCCCCAUUUUGAAACGCUGAUGGAAAAAGUGGAGCCUGUAGCCCAGACUGUCCAGGCUCGUCUUGAAAGCUUUUACCAGUCCUUGUUCAAAAGCAGCUAAGACUCUCUACCUGCUGCAGGAGGCAAGAAGCAAACAAGACUGUACUUCCUGAUCUCAAGACCUACUCGUAUAUGUUCGGAGUAUGACAACUCCAACAAACCUGUAUUGAAAUCACACAAACAUGAAGAUAUGAAUGAAACACUACUCAAAAAAAUAAAAUGAAAUAAAUUAAAA